AUGGGUAAACUGCACUCGAAACAUGGUAAGGAUUCUUAUUCUUGAGAAAAUCACAGCUAUGGCUCUUUUGUGUGGUGCUGCGAUACUUUCGAGUAACAGUAUUCAUUGUCUUCUGACUUUCUUUCUUUCUUUCAAGCUGCUAUUUGUAAACCGAGGGAGAGUCCAGAAGGUAAGCACGGCAGAUUUUCUUACAUGCUGCCCCAUCUGUAAAUAAAAAAGUCUUAUAUUUCGGUCAGUUUGUGAAGAGCCGGACAGUUUUCAGACUCAUGGCUCAUUAAAGUAACAUCAUAGCGCAGAGUCCAACUCUUUGAAGAUGGGCCGCUUCUCUAAAACGUGACUGUAGCGAGAGGAAAUGCGGUUUGCAGAUGCUAAUCGUGCAUUUUUCAUAUAUUUUUUAGGCGACAGUUUUGUAGUCAAUGCCUGUUUGGCGAGAAAGGGAAUCGACGACUGGCUCGUGAAGCAGAAAUACUACUGCACGAGCUCUCGCCUCGAGCAACCGGACUGUCACCACAAGAACAACUGCGGUUUGACUGCACGGGUGAGUACGAAACUGCGCACGAGGACAAGUGGCGAUAGCAAUAUUUAACGAUAUUAGCCCUUCAAUGAAGUUUUGCGGCUUUUUUCGACAUGUCCCCCCCGUAGGUUUGACAUUUCAGCCUCUUCUGACAUCUGAGGCCGUAGUCUUAUCGACAAACUUUCUGAAGGCUGUGUUAAUAGACAAACUUAUAGUAUUUCUGAGGAGGAAAGGCUGCUUUUUAAUCGUCUGCUCACUUAAGUAUUUGCCAUUCUGCAUAUCCAUCAUACCCAAAGUUCAAAAGGUAGCCUACACACAUAUUAAAAACCAUUUAAAACACAUAAUCCCUCAAUUUUGUCUGCCAUAGACUUACCUGUUGUUUUAUGUGUUGUAUCAAAACGUUGGAUUGCAACACUCGUCAUCCCUCAUGUAAGGAACAAAUGUUUGUAUCAUCCUGUGCGCAGCUCUGGAGGCUUUUUGGGUAACAAUAGAUCAAGGCUGAGUUGAAAGCAUUGCAUCGUGACAGUCUGGUGACAAGUGUGGAUUGCGAGGGUUACGGAGAAAUGUUGGGGGUCAUGCUUGUUUUGUAUUUUGGCAUUGCUGUAAACACACUGUUGUUUGUUGUCAAGUGAAGAAAAUAUCCUUUGGAAUUGCUUCAGAGGAGCCUUAAGCCUCUUUGGUUAGCGAUGCCGUCCUCAAAGGCAGCAUGUUUGGAGAAUUGGAGCUCAUCAAGACAAAAGGAAAAUCAGUUCCCCCACCCACAAUCCAGUCACUUUGAGCUGAAAUGCUUCUACCUUUUGGACACAGCCCAGAACUCAGAAUCACUCUCAUUCAAGACAUAUACAGCACCUGCUGUAGUAUUUUGUUAGGAUAAUGGGUGGGAGGAAUUUCCUUUUAAUUUUGACAGAUCCUGAAGUUGUUUAAUGUUUAAAAAGCUUAAACAAAUUUUCACCACCAUGUCGCCGUGUAUUAACCGCCAGCUUACAACGGUUUACUUUACCGCUCUUUUACUGUGUAUGAGUCAAAUCUUAGUAAAGUCAUGUUACACCUUGCAUUUAAAUUGAUUAUAAUUAAGACAAAGAACAACUGCACACAUGGGCUGAAUUGUUGGAAAGAUGUGUGAUGGUUGUGCAGAUUUUUGGCAUGUUGUAGAAGUGAAAAUUCAAACAUCACACUUCAGGAAGUUUAAGCAACCAAAAUAUCUUAACUGCUCCACCUGAGUCAGGUCCAAAGUCUUAUUUUGUUUUGUUGUGUGCAGGAAUAUGUCCUAGGGAGCUUUGCAGCCGUGGGUUUGCAUGGGAGGUUGGUAAAGAAAAGGUUGCAGGUCCUUUCUUGAGUGUGUUGGUCUAAGGUGAGGCGCCAUUGAUCGAGCGUGGUGAAGAGUUGGGAAGUUUGGACUGGCUUUACAUAUCACAACCACAUGGUGUCAAAGAUAUACUAAUCCUGGCAUGAGCCCAAAGCUGCAAUACUUCUCCAAAAAGUAACAGGAUCUAGGCUACGGCGGGCACUUUUUCUCUGUGAGCUUUCUUCAGGAUCGGAUCUUGUAAUUUGAAACAUACAGAAACAUGUAUAUUGACAUUUUAAAAGCAGUUUAAAUAUUUAGAAGCACUCUAAUAUUACGCAAUUACCAAACAUAAUUAGCACAAAACAAAUAUUCCUUACUUUGUUCCUGGAAGUAAACAUGUUUUUUUCUUUAAAUGGAGCAGGAGUAGUGGAUGAAAGGAAAGGAUUUUUUUGGGGAAAAUUCACAGUGAAUUGAGCAUAAAUGAAUAGAAGAAGAAAGGCGUCUUUCACCGUCAAUAUUUAUUGAGUUAUUUUUCUGUUUGUGUCGUGAUUUUAAACUGAAUACUGAAUCUUUUAAAAUUUAAAACAAAGUUUAAUACAAUUGUUGACUUUUUGCAGUGUUAUUUUGAGCGUUACUGUUUAAAUGAGCUGAGAGCAACAGACAGAAGGUACUAUCUUUCACACAAAAAAAACAUUACUACAAUCAAAUGUCUAUCACUACAUCAUUCAGAUCACCCCAUGCUUAUUCUAAGCGUGUAUAUGAUCCAGAUAAAGGCUUCAUUUGCAUCUUUUUCUCUCAGCACUGUAACAACUAACUGUAAUAGAAGGACACUUAAAAUGAUCCUCAGCACCUGUCUGCCUGUUAACUAUCAGCACUCAGAACGCUCGACUGUCUUUGUGUCUGUUUGCCCAAAAAUCUUCCUCUCUUCUCUUCUUUCAAAAAUACAUCCUCCUAUAUUUAAUCUACAUUUGAUCACCUGUCUUUACAACUGGGUUCAAAGAAUGUGUGCUUUAACGCAGUAGGCCUAGAAUUUUUAGGCCAGGCUUUAGUCAUUUUCCUCAUUCUCAAAAUCAUCUGAUUUAAGCUUUGGUCGCUGCUUUACUAUUUUUUCAUAUCCAGCUGGUCAUUUGCGAGGUUCCCAGGUUGUUAUAGUUGCACUUUUAUGCUCAUGUUUGCCUGUAAGGAUUACUAAAAAGGUGAUUCAGCACUCCGGCCGAUGCUUUCCAUCUCUUUUACUUCUGUCAUGAAUUGUUCCCCUUCAUAUGGCCGAUAGACUCUUUCAUUUUGCAAUUUCAAAGCAGGAUAUUGAUGCCCCUGUCAAACUUCAUCUGCAAUGUGUAACACACAGAGGUGCAGUGGUUUGCUGUGCUUGUAGCCUUCUCUAUGAGGUAGUAACGUAGGCAGAAUGGGAGGAGGACGGCAGCGGUAUGUUGUGUCGAAGACGGCAAAAAACACAUUCUGGGACAUCUACAUUACAGUACGAAGAGUGAUGGCAGAAGCUCAUUGCGGUGCUGCUGUUGAAUCACAACAUGUCAGAAGUUAAUGUCUGCUGUAACACAACUACUGAGACUACAAACAAACUGAACUCCAAAUGCCCUGACCCUUAACUGAAGAUUGGAUCAAUAAGAAAGACCAUGAGUCCCAAUAUCACUUUGAACUAUAUGAAAAGUCACACUGCUUAAGCUGUGGAUGAAAAUAUUCUUAACUCUUGGGUAAAAGAAUGGGAGUCAAGUGUUUCAGCUUUAAGAGCUGUCUUUAUUGUAUAGAAUACCUGGUGAGAUAGUUAUUUAUAGUUGCUGUUCUUUGAGCCCCCCUCCCAGCUGAACCAGGGUCCAGGAGAAUGUGGGUCGGGUGUCAACAGUAGGGAGUCCUUGCUUGGAAUUCUUUUGAUCUGAAUCUUUCCAGACCAUAUACCCCACAGGAAAAAAGGCAGUUUCUUCAAGUUGUUUUUUUUUUUUGAGCCGAACUUUAUGAACUUAUUUGAAUUGAAAUGAUGUCUGAAUGUGCAGAGAUAAACAUAGACGAAAAGACGAAUGUGACAGCUUCACUCAUUCAUGAGCUCUGCAGGGUUUGUUUGAAGCUGACAGACAGUGAGUGACUGGUGUGGGCAGGUGGACCUGGGCUUCUCAACACAUGAAAUCCAGGUCAUGUGAGCCUUAGCGCACUUUGUCCCCUGUCUACAGCAUGGUGUCUACACUUCACCAAUAAAUUUGAUAUGUUAUGUGCACCCUGUAAAAUCAUGCCGCUGACACAGACAUCAAUGGAGCUGAAGAUUUUCACAACUUCUGACGAGGAAGUUCAAAUUUCCCAUGGUUGUUUUAAUAGGUUGCUUCUUUUGGCGUCAGAUGAAAGACAGGGCCAUCAUCUAAAAAAAAUCUAUUUAAGUACUUAUUCCUCAUUGAAUUACUCCCCUCUACUCUUAAACUUCCCCUCCCCCUCUCCUAGCCGCCCCCCUCUGCUCCUUUCCCCCCCUUAGGCUCCAUCUGUUUCUUGCGUUUACCCUGUGGCCCUGUGGUGGUUGUGGCUGAUGAAAUGAGACUACAUUUGAAGUGGGCCAUGCAGGGAAGUGUUCGUAGUGACACUGAUGGCUCCGCCCUUCUCUGUGAGGCCCUCUGCAUAGUAAAAGUUGCCUGCAGUCUACUCGCGUCACUCUCCUUACAUUUCCAGAACUUAUUUAUGUUUUCUAAAAACUGAGCUCCCAUCAACUUGUAUGGAUUUGUACACAAAAGCAAAGGUACAUCUGACAACUGAGUGAAACUCAAAAGUGAAUCACAGUGAAAUGUCAGCCUCAAACCCCUUUGUUUCACACUCAGUUGCCAGCCUCUUUGAUUUCACUUUUUUUUAAGUAGAAAGGUUUUUUUUUGGAAGUAGUCCUAAAGCUUUUAAAUGCAUUCCCUCUGCCUCCAAGUCUGAUAAAAGACAUGGCAGGUUUCGCGCCCCCUUCGUCUUUCGCUUCUGCUGUUUUGCUUUUUCUGUCCUUGUCGUUCUCACAAAGCGAGGGCCCUUCUCUCCAAGCUGAAAGCACCUUUCAAAUGCAGACUCCUCUUCCUCUCUUUCUCUUUACUUCUUUCGGUCCUCUCCCCGUGCGUUUUCUUUUCCCACCGGCUGGCCUCUUGUGUGCUCUGUGUGACGUAUGCCCCUCUCCCACCGGGCUCUACCCCCUCUGUGCUCCCAAGGGACCGGGGGCCUGUUGUUGCUCUUUGAAGAGGCUGAGAGAAAAGUUUGGAGCCACACUCUAAAGAAAAGAAAAGCCUUGGUCUUUGGGGAGGAGGGGUAGCACCUGGCCAUAGAGGGGCUCUGUCAUUUUUUUCUUUUUUAAAUUUCCCAUGAGAAGAUGGGGUGGAAGCAUUUGGCUGACAUCAACAUAGUCGAGGGAUUGGGAGGUGCUUGGAUGUGCAGGUGGCUUAAGUGCCACAUCUGGUGUUCUGUGUCACAUAGAUUACCAUAAGCUGAAGGAAUUUCUGUGCGACAAAGCAGAGUGGAUCAUCCCAGGUAUGAAUUCAGUGAAACAGUUUGGUCAACCUCUCCUAUAGACAUUUAACCAUCGUUUGUUCACCCGUUCUUUUGUGUUCAGAGCAUCUCUCCGCUCCUCUUUGUGAAUCUCUUCCCCUCACUCCAGUUGAAUCAAAUUUAAGGAGCUUUCAUAAAUCAACACAUUUCUGAAGUUGAAGUCUGUAAAAAUAGUGAUCUACUGUCAUUUCUAGGCACCAGUGGGACCAGUGUGUAGCAUCUUAAUGGUAUGAGUAAAAUGGCUUUCAUGUAUGGGCAAAUCUGUUCACGCAUGUGCAUGUGAGUGCAGUAUGUCUGGAGUCAGCUGUACGGAUGCACUCCAGAGAUCAAAGGCUUCUGGGGGAAUGUGCUCUAAAUCUCAGAGGAUUAGCAGCUGAGAUGUUGCUUUGUUUCCCCAAAUAUAUGCUCAGUUUGGAGCAUCGGAUAGCUGUUGAUCAAAGUGUCUCUCACCACCCUCUUCAUGGUUCCAUUUGGUCUGGGGGUUGGGUUUCCACCCUUGAGGGUGGCAUUAAUUUCACAAUUGAAAGAAACAGUUGAAUUUUUAGGAUGAGUUGUUGUUGGGGUUUUUUUGUUUGGAAACUGGACUCGGGCUCUGACUGAAAUGGCUUCUAUUUGACAAGCAUGUUCCCAGCAAAUGGUAUAAAUACUCUGAUACACCAAGCAGAUAAUCUGUCCAAACUCAGAGUUCAUUUAACUGACAUCAUCAUCUUUGAUGCUCACAUAUCUUCAACCUUUUGAUGUGUGUGUUUGCCUCAGACAUGCUAAUGCCGUUUGAAGAGCGUCAGUUUAGUGUUGCUUUCCACUUGUGUCUUGAAAUAUUAGGUUAGAGAGGAGAGCGUUUUGUGGAAAAUCUUUUCGUCGAUGGCUAAUGCACAGUUUCAUGUAUAGUAGAUCAAAGAGUUUUACAACCAAGCAUAUACAUUUGUUAUUCUUUUGAUGAAGUAGUGUUUAUGGGUUUUUUUUUUAAGAUGCAGCACUUAGCACAUUUCUAUCAUCAUGGUAAUGAUAAAUGGGUUUACUUAAAAAUAUAUGAUGAUUUAUGUACGCAAAUAAGAUGUGUUGUGUUUAUUAAAAAACAAGAAUCAUGUUUUUAAUGUGAAAAUGUCUUUUUAUGGUUACAAACUGAAGUGGUUGUGUGUGUUUGGUUUGAAACUAGAGGUGACUUGGGCUCCCCUGGUGGAGCUGGGGUCCUCUGAGCUUUGUGUUGGAGUGCAGUGCCCAUUUUAAUCACCCACUUAAAAGGCUCUGCUGAAGUGGGUGUUUAAGUGUUUAAACCCUGAAUAAUUCUUUGUUGUUUGUUUAUCAGUUUCCCCUGCGGGUUGCGCUCUGGCCUGUGCAGUAAGUGCUGAAUAAUUUGACUGAGCACUCAAAGUGGCGCUCGAAUAGGACUAGAUCAACAUCUGCACAAUUUCAAGCUCUCAUGAGAGUCUCCACGUAUGCACAGGGUUGUGCAUUCACACUCAUGUAGCAUGAAGCACACACUCUCUUAUAGUUAUACAAACUCACACAACCCCGUUUGUUUACCCUAAUACAUGAAUCCAUUUAUCACUGCUAACAGACACGACUCCCAGCGUGAUCCUCUUCCACUUGUUUUUCUUACAUACUGGUCAUAGGGAAACACCAGUGUUUGACUCCACAGCAUUCAUGAGACCUGCUGUUGUAUUUAUCCGCCUUAUGUUUGAGUGCUUUUGUGACCAGGACUCGUAGGCCACCUGAGGCAGAGGGAAUGGAGGAAGUUGGUUUAGGUAAACAGAGAUGGGAGAGCAUUGUGCGUCCUGCAGACAGAGGUUCCAGGGCUCUCCGGUUCUUCCUGUGGCGCCAGGGCUGAAGGAGGUCUGGAUUGUCUUUUAGGGGAUGUUUUUAGUGGAAGGAAAGCUAAACAGAGGAGCAGCCUGGCUGAAAGGAAAGCUGUCCUCCCCUGGUGGGUUAAUGCUCCACAGGUGCCACAACUGAAAGAGGACCUCUCGACAUUCGAUAAAGCAGAUCAGCCCUUUGCUCCUCAAAGGGUCAUUUGCCUGUCCCUUGUCAGUCAAACUGGCCUCUCUGCUGAGACCAUGCUCAAGUUGAAGGUACAUCCUUGAGGAGAGGUUGUAAGUUUCACAAGUUAAUGAUUUAACAUGUUAGUGCUUUGAUUGGAUUAUUUUACUUUCAGACACAUGUGGUUGAGAUGUGGACCCAGUUGACUGAGAUUUAGAUGAAAGUGAUACAAGCUUUUCUGUGGCUCCUGCUUACUGGUGUGUAUGGCUCCUUUAAGCAGAAACAACACCCCUAAAAAUGUCCUCACAAUACCUCAAGGGUCCGCAUGUGAAAUUAUUAAGAUUUGAAUCAGUGUAUGAAGUCAUUACACAGACUUCAAUCUUCAAGCCCUGUAGUACUAAGUUGGUUUAGUGUUAAUGUAAACCAGCAUUUAAAUACUAGGUGUGGAAGAAAAUAUCGAUACAGCAUAGUAUUGCGAUAUUUUGUCUGGUGAUAUAUCGUAUCGUCUCAUUUACCGAGUAUCGAUUUUUUUCAAAUUAAUUGCUAAUAUGAAGUCAAAUUUAUGAUGAUGGAGAAAUAAAAUCAAGUGUUUGUCCAGUGAGGUUGGCAGAGGAGACAUCAUAGAGCAGGAGAAAGUUAGCACAACAAAUAUAUAUAAGGUUUGCAAGAUGUGCUACAUGAAAAUAAAAUACAGCACAAAUAAGACAAACAUAAGGGAAAGAUAAAUGCUAAAUUAGAUAAACAGUUGAAAAAAUUGAAUAAAUAGCAUCACCAUACUCACUGUAUUGCAAAAUGUUAAAUAUCACAAUGAUAUUGUAUCGUGAUAAUAUCGUACCGUAGGGCCACUACUGAUUCCCACCUCUAAUAAAUACGGCAGGUAAAUCAAGUUUGGGUUUUGUUUCGCUACCUCAAACUCUUUUCUGCUUGCAUCAGCAGCCACUAAGUCAUUUUUCUCUCUUGCUUAUAAAUAUUUUAGAUAUGUUCAUAUACACUUUAUUUCAAUGUUAUUGUUACCUCUGUAACUGUACCUGUUACAGAAAUAGGUGCCGUCCCUCCACUAAAACAGACUUUUCCAAUAGCUGAGAUGAGAGUGUGCCUGUUGUGGUUCAUCUCCAGCUGUGCAUGAAAGGUUCAGACAAUGUCCUAAAUUCAUAUUUGAAAACAGCUUAUGUGUUUCUGCGUCUUAUUGUGUUUUUUAUGCGCACUGUUGUUUAUUUGUGUAAAAGCAGUGGUGGAAUUUUUUUUGCUGCUGCAACCUCAUUAUGGUUAGCUGUGACACGAGCCACUGAUUUCAGUCAGCUAUGAAUAGAAACCUGUCACUGGCACCAGUGAGCUUUAAUGUAGUAGCUGAAGUAUCUAUUUCUGCAGCUAUGUUUACUAGAACAGUUGAAAAAGUCUCUGUAAUUACAGACAUUUUCGGUCCAUAGUUAAAAGGUCAGAUGUGAGGGAUGUUUAGAGGUAGUGGCUUGUGGCUGGCAGGAUGUAUGCUCCUAACGUGCUGUGUGUGUGUGUGUGUGUAUGUGUGUGUUGGUGUGCAUCCUCCUGUUUAUGUUUGAGUGUAUAGAUAUAUGUUUGUACAGUCAAAGGGCAAGAAUGGCCACCUUGGUGUUUAGGUCACUCCCAUCUGGUCAACAUGCACACAUCAGAAGAUUUCCAAACAGUCACCUACCACACGGAGCGAUGCUUCUGAUUACAGUCACAAGGUGUAACCGCUGAUUGUGAAUGAAAAAAGGUCAACCACUAACUACAGAUGGGACUGUAAUUGGAUGUUACAGAUGUCAUUUAGAGGAGUUUUAGAGAUCUAAUCAUAACCAUCACCAUAUUUAUGAAACCUCCUCUUUCACAGUUUGCUUUUCUUUUAUUGUCUGGAGGGUCUGAGUCUUAUCCACACACUCUCUUGCUGCAGCCGUUUAUAAAUCAGUUUGUAAGUUGAUAAGAAAGCAAUGAGAGCAAAGUCCUUUAUCUCCUCUGCGCGUUCUGGUGUUAAAUUUAAGAAUGUCUUGUCUGAAUGAGAUAAUGAAAGAUACAGCUUUGAGUCUCAGCUGAUGCAUGCUUUAUACAAUAUAAUAACAAACUUUGCAAACUUAUGGACCCCUUCAAAUUACUGAUGUUUCUCAAAGGUGAUCUACAAGCGACCAAAACUUUUUAAACCACUGUAGUCUCUUGUCUUUUCAAAAACAUUUAACAUAAAGGAUCAGUUUUCUCAAGAUGUAGCAGCUGACAUGACAAUUUGCCAAAGAGGUUCUCCUCCUUUGUCUGUGGUUUAAGGAUGGAUUGGCUGUCACUUUCCUAUUACCCUUGAGGCAGACUUCCUGACUCAAACCUUGCUCUCCUGCCGCUCUUUACAGGCACUUCAGUCUGGCGUCUGAAGCCACCCAGACAACCUAAGGACCGUAUCCCCUCAGUGUCAGCUUUGACUUAUUACUGGGACCCUCUCAACGGAGUGUAACACAGUCACCGUUGAACACAACACACAUGAAGGCAGGCAUGUUUCCAGCCAGUUGCCGUAAAUAAUGAUUGACACAUACACACACACUCUUUGUACGCCCGUGUCACCACCCUGCUCCGCCUUUUGGCAAACAGAGGUAAAAGUGAGAACGCAAACCCACUUUGUUCAAACGUGAUGUGAUAUCAAAGGGUUUUUCUUGCAACACAAACAUUUGGAGUUGUGUAAUUUGGGGCACGAGUCCUUCUUUCCAGCCUUGUCUUUCUUUUUUUUUUGUCAUUCUCUGGAUCUGAACGUCACUCUGAACUCAGAGAGCCAUAACCUUGUGAGUUGUUGCUCUUGGCAGGCAAAGAGCACCUGUAAAUCAAGGCCAAGCGACAGGCUGUCUCCAUUCCCUUCCUAACCAUAGCGUCCUCCCGGGAAUGCGAGGUCUCAAAGUGGAGUUCAUGGGCUUCUGGAGAAUGUGUUUUAAGGAUUCACCUCAAGCUCGGAUUCCCUGUUAACUCUCAGACCCCUGAGUAGACUUGAGGAUAGAAACAGAUGUAGAUUUUGCCUCUGCUGUCUGUUUAUUUGGUUUUAUGGUCUUGUGUGUGACAUUUUAUUAGCAGAUGUAUCCAACUUAUCUGAAACAGUAAUUAACAUAAAGCAAAAGUAGUUCGGGUCUCUUAUAUUCGGAGGAUUACAGCAACGGUGACAGCCACGGGGCCUUCAGUCAUGUGCGACAGAGCAGGUGCUAACUUUUAUAUUUUACAAGAAAUGUUAAGAUUUGAGACUCAUUAGCUUUGUUUACAUGGGCACAGAAAAUCGGAAUAAUGCCCGAUCUGAAUAAAAAUGCAUCAUGUAAACAUGUCGAUCGGAAGAUUCUGAUCCAAUUCGGCUCAAUCGGAAAAAAAUUAUUCCGAUCGAGAGGGGUGGUUUAUUCCAAUCAUUAUUCCGAAACGUGUCCAUUUAAACACUUACUCCGAUCGUGACUCUCUUACCUGACUUGAUCUUCACUCUUUGUUUAUUGAGGUCAGGACAGGAGGUUUCAUUAUUAACGCUCUGGCAAUAAACCCAACCGCAUGUGCUGUGUCUGCUCCUCUGGUAACAUAACAAGGUGUACAUACAGCGUAAUGAUGUCACAUCUGCAUGCUCAGCGUAACCUCUGACAGAACAGUAAAAUAAGUAAGCAAGGGCACCAUCCAGUGACAACAUUUAACAGGCGGGAAAAUCCUGAAUUGGAUGGAGUGAGCCACUACCGCGUUUGUUGGUUUGUUGACAGCACAGACGUCAAUACAACUAUUCUUCUGCGGUUGUUUUAGUGAAAUCAGACAACUUUGCACAUGUCCAAAUGCUUCUAAUCUGAAUAAGGCUUUGUGCACGUCAUGAUCGGAUUAUUUGAUUUUGCACCCAUAUAAACAGUGGAUUCAGAUUAUCUAUUAUAUAUUAUAAUUGGAUCAAAAAAUUUUGCGCAUGCAAACAUAGCUAAUGACUAAUAAAAAACUCAAUUAAUGUUAAUAAAAAGUAAAGUUAGACUUUUGAUCUUGACAUGGAGUUUACUCUACUUCUCCUCCUCUUUGGUGAGAUAAUACUUUGAUAAACGGCGUGAUAAAUGUAAAUUGCUGUGGUUAUAUAUUUUUAAAACACUAAUAAAGGCUGUUACCUUGAGUCAAAAGCAGGAUUUACUGCCCGAAGGGGCUGGCAGAGCUGUAAGAGCUUAUCUUUGCAGGUGUAAAAGUUUUGUAAAUGGGUCAUUAAAGUGUUGGCCAACUUCACACAUAAAACACAUAAAGAGAGAGGGGGAAGGAGAUUACUUCAGAUCAGCAUGUUUCUGAAGCACUGAGAUGAGGGCUGUAAAUCUCUGCUAAUAUUCCACUGAGCCUUUCAGGAGGCUGCCUUUGAUGUGGGUGAGGUAAUGUGACCGGCAGUGUUUGCAAUGUAAAUCUGACGUGAAGAAAUGAGCGCUGGCUGUGUGCACUAUCGCUCCACAAUAGGAACGCAUCCAAUCAUUGGGGGGAAUAAAUUCAGGGAGCAAACAGCACGUGAAGCCAAAUCUACACGUACAGAGGAAUUUACACACAUGCAUGCUCACACACUUUACAGAUACGUGUCUUUUGCAACCUCUCAUCCAGAAAUGUCAGAGAGUUCAUUUACACAGACACAUGGUGUAAUUUGACUUAAUAUAUAGCUAAAAGCAAAACUGCUGAACCACACCUCCCCUAUACAAACAGCUUUUCCUCAGCCUCACUGAAGUUUUUCCGCAGUGUUUGUGUGUGUGGAGAAUCUCUGCCUGACCUGUGUCGUGAACUAGAGUUAACACGGUAAGCCCCUCUGGCAUGUGCAGCCUCCCCUGAGCCCCUCCAGUCUUGGUGUUGCUGACCAUGCACACUUUAAUCAUAGAGCAGCUUCCUCCAACCUGCCUGAUGAUGGAUCCUGACUCUGCGGCUAUAAUUUCCUUCCUGGGUUACAGGAAGAGAGGUGGGUGUGUGCCAUGACUGAGGGGUGUCAGGCAUGGGGCCGUGGAGUCUGGAGAGAUACUGUCUGUCUUUGAUGCUAGUUAAAUGAGUUAAAGGGCAUAUUUCCAAUUAAUCAUCCAUUUUGGUAUCCUCUAAAAUUAUUAAGUAUUUCUCUUCCUGAAGGGAGAUCAUGGCAAGAAAGUGGUUGAGAUGCAGAAGAGAAAGCUGUGGUGUUUGUUUUGGGGCCUUCAUGUAGUUUCAAGUUGCGUGUUUGUAACCACUUGAUGGUGUUUGAACACUUUUCCAUCUGAGUGAGCCUCCAACUCGUAAUAUUUUGUUGCAUAGUUUAAUGCUAUUAUUUACAAGAGUAUGUUUAUAAAAAAUAUUCUCUAGCUAACUCUUGAUUUAAAGCAUUCAGGUGAUAGCAAAUGUUUUGAAGGACUGAACUUCAAAAGAUUUACUGUCCCUGACCUCUGUGAAGGCAUCCCAUUUCGUAUCUCAUUUCUUAUCUUAGAACACAGUCGAUAGGACUUCCUCUUGGCUCUGCAAGCUGCUCAUGAGAUCGCUUUUAUGCAUUUGUUGUUAAGCUUAGAAACUUUGGAAAGAGAAAUCAUCCUUCCUAUUGCAGCAAACUCAUUUAGUUCAUUUGAUCAUGCGUUUGAUUGAGAAAUACAGUCUGGAUAGAGAGGAAUGCACAGAGAUUAUUUUGCCAUAGCUCUUCGACUGUAGGUGUUGUAUGAAAUUGGCCUCAUCUCCUCAUCAUCCUCCAUAAAUGGGACUAUCUCGCGUCGGUUUUGCUAUGCUAUGAGAUUAUCUGGGAUCUUUAUUUCAUGUGUGAAAACUGAUCCCUCUUUGAAGCCUCACUCUGAAGCGGUGCAGCGCCUCACUACCUUACAUCAACACUCUCUAUCUUGGCUCCAUCUCAGGGCGUUGUGUUUUACAGCUACAUGGGGCUUUGAAUAAGUCUGUUUAAUGUUGCCGUGAAGGUGAGGAGUAGUCCAGCCAAAAAAAACUGCAAAAGACUGGACCCUGGACUGAAACUGUAGUGUGAUGAUAACCGGUGGUCUGCUGAGUUUAUUUUUCUCCUACAGCAGCCCCGCCGCCACACUUAACCACACGUUGCAGGAUAGGCACUGCUCCAGAUUCAAAAUGUUGUGCUUAGUUCUUUGAAACUGCCUCCGGUGUAUCUCACUUUACUCCUUGGGAUGGCAGAGGGGGAUGGGUAUUUCCUCUUCUCAGGUCUUCAGCUGGUAAUGCUACACCUAUAAGCUAAUUUGCAGCUCUAAAACUAAUAUGUUUUUUUUCUCACUUCUUAGCUUUCAUCUCUUGACUGUUAACACUCCAGAGUUUUGAAGUUUCCCAUGCCACACAGCUGUUUUCACCAUUAGUUAUUCAUAAACUGAAGCUAGUGGCUGCUAUCCAGACGUGACAGAAUCUGUUGAAAUCAUUUCAUUUGCCAAGUGCAUGAAGUUUUUAGACCCAAAUAAAGCCAUGAAAAAAAAGUUUGUCAUACAAUACCUGAUGUAGGAAAAGCACGGUGUCAGAUUGUAUAUCUUUCGAUGCCCCUUUUGUAUUUUAUGAUGUUAUUUAUUGUUUAGUCUGUACAAAUGCGGGUGAGCUCCGUGCUGCAGCAGCUGUGGCCAGUAGGUCAAAAGUUAAAAAACAGACUUUUCACUUUCUGUUUCCAGCACUGGAUGGCUUUCAUGUGACUGCCAGCUACUUCAGCAGUAAAUAUAGUUUUAUUUCCUCAUCCUCUCUUAUCUUUGUCAUCGCCUGACUUGCCCACUUCGCAAAAUAACCUCCCAUGUUUUUUUUUCCUCCUCGCUCUGUGUCGAUGCCACUGCCCCAAACUUUGCAGUCCUGAAGGUGUGUUUAGUAGAGGGUGGAGGCAGCAGGAGAGACACCCAGCCACAGUCCUAAUGAGAUUUUUUCUGGGUUUUGAUGGAGUGCCAGUAGUGCUGCUGUUGCUCUAGAGGCCUGCCUCCACUGAGCCCUGGCGCACGAUCAGGGGGAGCUGUCGUCGGCCGCAUAAAUUGUCAGCUUGUGUGGCGGGUCGUAGAGGCAGACAGCAUAGAGACCAAGAGGCCCUGUGGGACUUUCCCACAAUCACAUACAAGUACAUAUUACUUGCACUUUCAUGUACCCUUUUGCAUUCAGACACAGACUGGGUCUAUGUCUACAGUGCCAGAGUAAGGAUGACGCUGGAGGCAACUUUCAGUCUUAAGUCACCAUGCCGCUCUGUCUGUGCCAGCAUGGACUCGCUGUCCUUUAACUUGAACAGAGGAGUAAGACAAUACCAUAAUCACAGAGCGGAACUUGAAUCAUCAAACUGAGUGACAAGGAGGAUUUCCAAUCUUUUUUAAACCUUCUUUUACUAUGUUUAGGUUAGCUGAGUAGUAGUAGUAGAAUCCCACCAUUCUCCACAUCAGCAGCCCACAUUACUGAAUGAAUUAAUCAUAUACAUGCUCACUGCUUGAGUUUAGAAGCCAAAAGAUAAGAAAUUUGAGAUUCAACUCACAAACCAGACUACUCCCAGGUCAGUGAGCUUACAUUAAGCUUGUCAUAUUUGACUCGUGAACCGAGUUGGACAUGAUAGGUGAUGAUGGCACUCAUGCUGCACAGUAACCUGUCCAAUUUUGAUUUAAAGCCAAAGUUUUCACUUGUCCACCUACGUUGUAUUUUUGUGCAUCAAUUACUGCGUCAAACAAUUUAGCCUUUUCUCUUAAAUAUUGUGUUUAUUCUGUCUUUGCGCUAAAUACAGUUAGUUUAAAUCUGGUUUAACUCAAAGCACAAGUUCAACCUGAGAAGAGAUGUUUGCUUCUGUAAGUUAUAAAAUUCAGUUUGCUCUUUUAUCUGAAUUUGACACCAAAGUGUUUUGAUAUUUUGAAACUUGUCUUAAUUUUACAUUGAUGAACUCAUAUUGUUGUCUUAAGGGUUCAAUCAAUCAAUCAUGCCAUUAUCACAUUACCAUAUUCUCCGGACUAUAAGUUGCACCGGCCAAAAAUGCACAAUGAAGAAGAAAAAACAUACACCGGUAUAAGUCGCAUUUUUUGGGGUAAAUUUAUUUUUACAAAAUCCAAGACCUAAUUAUAUAUGAAAUUGUGUAUUUUAUUGAGUAUAAGUUGCAAACCCAGCCAAACUUUGAAAAAAGUGCGACUUAUAGUCUGGAAAAUACGGUAAUUUACCAAAAGCUUAUAAGCAACAAGGCAAAGAUGUUUUCUCUGUGAGGUAAAACAUACUUAAAUGAAAAGAAUUCAACAGCUUUAAAGAAACAGGUUUAAGUAAAUGUUCAGUAAACAUGACUUCUAUUAAAAAUGCUGAUCCGUUUUUGGCUCAUCAAAAAUUCAUAUUCUUCAGUCAUGCCAUUGACGAGGUUAGCCAAGCUUAACGCCUUCAAACGGGCGAGUGAUGUACGAGAGGCUGUAAUGGGACAAACACACUGUGUCUUGUGCUAAAGUCCACUAAUAAAUCACUCUCUCAGACGGGGCCUUAACAGCUUAUAAACACACAGGAGGAGCCAUGCAAGCACUUGUCCUGGAGGCUUGAAAAAUGUUUCAAGGACCAGGCUGCGGUCAAAAGUUUUCUGUGAUGAACUCCACAGAACAUUACACAUCAAGUCUAGAAAAGUGUUUUGGCAGCUGUGUGCCUCAGAAAAAAGCUAAUGGAUCAUGUUUUAAAGUUGGGACGCUUAAUGAGGAACAGUUUUGUUAUGUAUAUUCAAAUUUUCUGCCAUUCUUCAUGACAGAAUUUACAACCUAAUUAUACUCAUUUUCCUCACACAAUCAGAACCAAAUAAAGGUGAUCUCAGCUCUCUCCUUUGUGCCGCAUAAAAGAUGAUGUCCCUGUCUGCUCGAAACCUGAAUGUCUGACUUUAGGCCACCAGAAUUUCCAGUAUUGUGAUACUUUUCAACAAAAUUUUAAUACCACAAGCUUAAAAACAGUACAAUACUUUUUGUAUUGAAAAGUAGCAGUCUUUGAAAAACCAGAAGCUUCUUGGUUGAAUGAAAUGUGAUGAGAGUUGGCAGCAGCCAUCGAUUUAGAUGAAGAUGAGGUCAGUGCUGGUAACUUUGUGGCAAACGUCAAAAUUGAAAGGUUAUUGUCUGAUUGCUUCACAGCAGUUAUGCUUUUGAGGACUUUAAAGCAGCUUAAGUCAUGCUCCUUUUUUAGGGCCUGGUGUGUGUGUGUGUGUGUGUGUGUGUGUGUGUGUGUGUGUGUGUGUGUGUGUGUGUGUGUGUGUGUGUGUGUGUGUGUGUGUGUGUGUGUGUGUGUGUGUGUGUGUGUGUGUGUGUGUGUUCCUGCUGCAGCCUCCACCUCUAAUUCUCCUCACACUGUGACAUGUGCCGGGUCUUCAAGGGUCCGUUAAAAACAUGUGUAAUGUUUAUGUCUGUUGCUAACUGAGAGAGAGCAGAGGGGAAAGACAACAAUGUCACCUAGUCUCGUUGUUUUCUUAUAGUCAGGGCCUUUGCAGUAGGGAUGGGCGAUAAAUUACAUUGAUGACUCAAGGGCGAGCAUUCGACUCACAGCCAUAGCCCACACAGAGCAGAAUAACAAACAAACAUGGCCGUUGGGGAUGAAGAAGUCAUUUCUAAGCAGCUCGUGACAGAACGAGGCUCCACAUGAGGGAUUUUCUUCAAGACAUCGGACAGCGGAUCUGCUGCUGUUCACUCUCUGCAAUAAGAGUUUUCAACAAAUGUUGAAAAUGUUUUCACAUUUGAGACUUGCUUGAUGUCAUUAGUUUUCUCCAGAACCUACCACCUAAACUUGUGGUUAGGUAUCUUAUUUGACUACUCCAACUGGUGUUCUGAAGACAAAAUGAGUCAAAAAUAUAGAUUGGAAUUAUAAUAUUUUUUAUCGGGACUUUUAUUGUUAUCAUUAGAAUAGCAAAUCUUAUUGUGAUAAAUUUUUUUAGCCCAUAUCGCUCAUCCCUACUUCGCAGCACUGCCCAUAAAAUGACCACAGUAUAAAGAAACUCCUUUGCACUGACUCACACACCACUACAGGCUUGAAGUGGUCCUCUGACCCUUAAAUUAGUGGGGGUCCAAAAGAAGCCCAUCACUGGUUUGCUGAAAGACAAGCAACACAAACGGUAGAUUUCAAAUCACUCGUGUAUUUAUUUAUCGUGGUCGUCAUGCAUGCAUACAUGUGCUUGAAUCAGACCUGUUCUUCUUAUUUGCAGCCCGUGUAAUUCAGUUUUACUAAUUGUUAGCAAACGUUGCAUCAGUUCAGACUCGUCUUUACUCAUUAGUUGAGAAAUGGUUUGAAGACGGGGGUGACCAGCGUUGCAGCUUUGGUCAAAUCCACUUUGAGCUUUUUGGGUUCAAAUCAAAAUGAAGAGAGUGAGUUCAGGCCGUCAUUCUCUGUGGCUUUCACAACUCCUCUGACUUCCUUUAAUGUUUAACACCAACUAAAACAUGCACUAGGAUUCUCUUUAUGAAAGAUAGCCGGUCAGAUCCUCUCUCUUUGACUCUGCUUUUUAUGCAGCCUUUGGUCUGUUGAAGAUGAUUACAUUUGACACUUUUUUAUAAUCAGACAUUCUGCUUUUGUUUGUUAUAUAAUGCUCAAUGUGAAGUCAUGCUCUGUUGCACUUUUCACCUCUCAGAAAAAAAAGAGAAAGUCUGAUUUGUUUCUUGUCUAACACUCACACAGGCUCUUGUACACUUUGGUAGAUUAGUGAGUCAGGGUAUCUCAAUAUGAGUCAGUUAAAGGAGAUGAAGCCAAAAGGUGUCAGGAAGAUGAAGGAUCUAAAAACAAAGCAGGCUGUGUUUGUCACAGCACAGAGAAGUGACAGGGAUAUAAAGUGCAUUAUUCAAGGUGCUGAUGGGAUUAAAGAGAUAAAGAUACCUUUAAGGUCUGGGAAGAUCAGCUACUUCUGCCUUUAACGUUUGGCUGUCAUGGAGCUGGGUCAUGAAAGUUACCUCUCUGUUUUUGUGACUCUCGGCUGGUGGGAACACAGGAAACUCAGACACAAAUGCGUCUUAUUUUUAGAAAUCCUAUAUGUUGUUUUUGUCAAAGGACAAUCUAAUCAAUCACUGUCCAAACUUGAAACCAGGGAGCUUGGCUGAAAGUGGUCUUGUCAUCGGGUCAGUCCGUCUGGAAAAACCCACAGUGGGACAGCAGAGCCAAGUUUGACAGAUUGAUAAAAGCCAAUGUGGGGAAAUGGACACAGUCCUUCACUCAAAACUACAUGAAUUCAAAAUGCAAAGCAGAUGAAGACUCUUUAACUCACAUCAUUACAUAUUGAAUAUUUUGUAAUCCUGCUGUGAGAUGGGCAGAUUUUUGACACUGAAAAUUUUUGCUUUUUUGCUGCUUCAAUAAGGGAUAACCUUUUCUCUUGGUGGUGAGAGACUUCUCAUGAAAGAAGGGUAGAGAGAGUGUGUAUGUGUGUGUAUGUGUGUAUUCAGAGUGGAAAGGCAUGGGGAAUUUUCUUUUUUAACUGCCCAGAGUAAACUCCAGUGUAACCCUAGCUUCCUCAUAAUACGGCUCUCAUCCAUCACCAUAGACAACAACCAAUUAGCAAAUUCCUCAUCCCCCUUUUUCUCAUGUUCUGGUCAACCCUGGAAUAAUUCUGAAUCAUUCAUCAAAAACCAGAAAUGCAUUCAAGAUGUUGAAUCUGUGUGUUUGUAGGUGUAUGCGUGCAUGUGUGUAAGGAAUUGAAAGAAUGCUGAUGGAGGAGGGAUUUAGUUCUUCUGAGAGCUGAUUGAAAGCAGAGGGUAUUGUUGAUAUUACUGCAGGCAAAUACCCUUUUUAGAUAGACACCAUGACAUAGGUUUGACCACAUCUCAGGAACUUUUAAUGCUAAAAGAGAUGACCAGUCAUACAGAUAACCUGUGACAGCUGUCUGUUAUAAAGAGGUUCGGUGCAGAUGAAAAGCACCCAAAGUACACAUCGAAGAAUGUUGAAUACACUAUUUCUAUGUAGAAUUAAACACGAGCUGUAAGAAAUGUUAAAUAUAACUUCGGCUUGACCUUUGAAAUAAAAAAUGAUUCAACAAGUAUGACCGUGUCAGAGGAGCCCAUCUGCCUGGUCAUGACUCUAUGUGCAGAGGCUGUGGUUCUCAGAUGCAGCAGCUACAAGAUCAACUCCUGAUCACAUGUCAUCCCCAAAUCUCUUUCUGUCUCUCUUAGGCUGACCCAUUAAAGAAUGGUGUUAACGUUGAGUAUGACUGUCGGCCGAUUAAACAGCAACAUGAUGUUGAUAUGUAGAACGUUAAAAGUCAUGCUUUUUAGGUCCAGUAAAAACAACCUAAAAAGCCCCCCACCCACCCACCCACCCACCCACCCCCGAAGUCAAAGUGGUACCUCCUUCCUCUUGUCCUGUCUUGUAGUAUUUUCAGACAGAAACCCCGUCCUAUUGUCUUGUAACAAUGGAACAAUGAGAGUAGGGCUGGAUGGUUUAUCAUUUUCUCAUCUAUGCUGAUGCUGCAGGAGAAUAUGAACUUAUGCUCCCUUCUGGUUGAACCACCAAGUCUUUGUGGUGUGGGUAGUUUCUUGAGCACGUCACCUUUAGGGAUGACUCCAUUUUCUUUUAAAUGUGAAGGUUGGCUUUCCAUCCACAAUUCUUAUCUUUAGUUUUCAUUCUUGUAUUAAAGUAACAGCUUUUUGUGUCUAGAUUUGUAAAUGUUACUGUACACAUUGUGAAUGUUGCACUGCAGCUUGAUUUGAAGAAAAUUGUGAAUCGAAUUGAAAUCGCAAUUGCUGCUGGAAAAAUCGUAAUUCGAUCUUUUCCUGAAAUCGUUCAGCACUAAAUAAGAGUCAAAAAUAGCUGCUUUUUCAGCUCGAUGUCAAUCAUCUAGUCUGACACCUACCACCUACAAAGUUUUAAGUAUUGAAAAUGAUUAUGGUGAAUUUAUCAUCCCCACAAAUCUAAAAAAUCCUCACUGUACCGUUUAAGAGAUCAACUUCCUUAUUCUGGACUGACCCUUUCAAAUGUUACUGAUGUCCUUUUUGUCAGACCAAAGCAGGCCAUGUUCAGAUGGCCCGGGACCAGGGUUAUGAGGCCAGAUUAGAAUGUAUGUUGACCCAUUCAUACCAGCAACAAACACUGAUUUAUUCAGGGUCUCUGCCUCAGGGUAUCAGUCUGACAGCCAGCCAGUUAUUUCUGUGGUUCACUGUAUUCUCUUCUUUUGACCACCCACUGUGCUGCAGCCCGGCCGGCAUUACUCAGAGGAGGGUGGGAUCACAUCGUCUGACCUUCUACCUCUCUGGAUUACACAGAAAUCUCCUCUCAUGCUGUCACAGUCUGGCCAGUGACACAAACAUACACACAUACACACGUGUAAACACAUAGUGUCAGACACAAAUACUUAAAGAUGCAUUUUAUGAAGUGAAUUAUUGACGGAUUGACUGAGGACAUUAAUCACCUCUAGUGAAACCUCUCAGUAUUUUGCUUAGUAUACAUUUUUCUUGUUUUCAGGUGUGGCUGAAAUGAUUUAGGUGGUUUGGGUGUAGCUGAAUUUGGCAGUGAAGCGCAGGGUGGGUCUUUGAAUGUGUGUAUGUGUUGGACUAAGUGCGUAUGGAUGUGAGCAUGCAUAUGUGUUUGUCAGCCCGUGAGUAAUGGUUUUUUGGCCAGAUGACUGUAAUGCCACAUGGAUACCUGAGCCAGACUUUUCCAUAGUGAAGCCCCAGGGAUCACAUGUCCCUCCAGUCUCUGUGGUAUGCACUACCAGACAGAGCUGCCAGGAGAGGAGGCCAGGGUGAAAACAGUCCGGGAUGAAAACAAGCCGCUGAACGUCCCCCUGCAACGUUAGCUUUCCUGCCACGGAAAUAGCCUUACUACCAGCCCUCUUUCUCAGAAUUCCCUGCAGGGCCGGCGACAGCGACUUAGAUACUUCUUUCAUAGUUUCAAUUCUGACUGCCAGUCAUAUGCUCAGUUUGUUUCAGUCCUGCAAUUAUCCUCCUCGUAAACUUUCCGCUGCUGUUUAGGCUGAGUGCACAGUUGUCAAACUGUGCAUAUAUAGAUACAUAAACGCUGUAAUUUUGAUUUGGGCAUGUCUCUAGUGUUGGAAAGCUGUGCUGUGGAUUUGCACCGUUAAAGAUGUUUGUUUUUAUGUGACAAAAAUAUGAUUCCUCUUCUUCUUUAUGAGACCUGAAACAGUGAUUUAUGUGUUGCUUUCAUUCUUUCUUUCCCAGGGCUCUCUGGAAGAAGCAUGCGCAGAGGGAAUCGGUGAUGAACACUACCGUUUGGAAGGUAGGCCUCCUGUUAUUCACUAUGACCAAAGGCCUUAUUGGUUGAUUUCACUCAUAUUGGUCACUUUUAUUUUAACAUGAAUGAAAACCUCCACAAACACUGUUCACGUUUACCCUCCAGGUACUUUUGUGAGUGUGUAUUUUGAAGUUGUUCUCCCUCUCUUCUCUGCACCACACCCAUUCGUUAAACCCUAACAAUGUGCUGAUGAGGUCCCCUUUACCUUCCAUCCCCUCCUCCUCCUCCUCCUCCUGCUCUUUCGUCUCUCAUCCAUCCCUCCCCCCUGGUGCUCUGCAAAGUGCCUUCAUUCCUCCAUGUUUUUUCCCUGAUGUGAUGUGAUCCUGGAUUAAGAGCUCCAGGGGGAGAAAGUCUCUCCCUCCCAUUUAAAGACGAGAUUGAACGUGAGGUGGAGACAGAAAUGCCAAGUUGAGAGAGCCCAGAAUUUGAACACACCACACAAAAUUCGCUUUUGUUUCAUCUCUGCUCCACUGACUGAAAGACAAAGAGAUAUCACAUGGUUUUUGAUCAGUGGGCUGCUUAUUUGACCAUAUCACCCUGAUCAUUUUUAUUGACUAAAAGAGGAAGCCAUAAAUGAUUUUUUAUCAAUUGAACACUUCUGAAAUUGUGUAAAAAUUAUUUCACAUUUCAAACGUAAAAAAAAGCAAAGUCUCAUCUCUUUAUUUCAUUUAGAGGAGUCAAAAGAUCUUUCAAAAGACUAGUUUGGGAAAAUUGCAGGAUACAAGUUACACUACCCUGCUUUGCACUGCAGGUACAGUAGAGUAGCAUAUGACAAGAAAUAGUUUAGUGUCAUACCAGAAGAGGUUUGACAAGUUUCAGACUUCUGAAGCAUGUGUCAUUGUUUGGAAUGUAAACAGAAGUCAGAGGUAGGGCAGGGCGAUAAACCAAAUUUACCGAUACUGAAUUUUACGACAAUAAUCGAUGUCAUUUUGCCUAUAUUGGUAUAUUUGGUAACAAAAAAAUGAAGAGAUAAAAGUUUGUUUUGGAUGUGUGUAGGUAGGCUAUGGUCUCAUGUCCCUUUUAAGAUGCUGUCCUAUAUCAGAGAUGUGACUCCGCCCCAUCCAGUCCGUAACAAAGAGAGAAAGACAGGAGAUGGAGGACGGUUCAAAAGUUAUAGCUGAAGUAGACCAAGUUAAUGUGGGAGGAGGUGAGCAGCUUGUGGAGUAGUUAUCGUCCAUUUAUUGUUUUCGAGGUGAACUGCUCAAUAUAUCGUGAUAUUGAUUAGAGGCCAUAUCGCCCAGUUCUGCCAUCCUCCAGAGAAUCCUUUUAGUUUGUAUUUCUCUAAAAUGAAAACAGUGUGUCUUUGAAGAAGUUCCUUACAUUAAACUUGAAUAUGUUGUCCCCGUAUUUACAUAAGAAGACAUUUAGUGCUCCCACUGGCACACAAAGACACCAAGUAAAGACAGCUGUGGAGGAUUUCUGAUGUCCUAUACAUGACCUGCAUGUAAUGCAUUGGUCAGGUCCAUUGUCCACACUGUUUACGUGACUAAGAGUAAAAAAAGAGAUGGACAGCAGUGAGAGUAGACAUGGUAGACAUGAGAGCUCCUGUUCAAGAAAUGUAUGAUAGUUUAGUGGGUAUAACACAGAACUUUGAGAGAAGGUUAGAUGAGUAAUUUCUUUAUUCUGUAAUGAGUGGGGGUUCAACAGCGUGUUAAGAGGAUUGCACAAAGUUUUUAUUGAGUCUUUUUAAACUUGAAGAGAGGAGUUUUCAAAAAGACUCUCAUUCAUCCAUGAUUACAAUGAAUUCCCCCUACCACAGUCUGAUACUGUUGGUCAUGAAAAAGUUAAAAGGGACCUGUAGGGUUGAAUGUCUUGCUUUUGGGCCCUUCAGUGGGUGAUACCGAAGGAGGAGAAAUCCUUUCAAUCGCCAUCAAAGCUUUACCUAAAAUAUCCCAAUAACUGCUGAUCUGUUCAAUCUAAACUGUUCAGGAGACUGUGUGCAGUGAGACAGACCUUGUUAUUUGUAAUACAGUAACACAUUAAAGCCGUGUGUGAUCGCUCACAGUGUGAGGUACUUUUCCUGACCUGCCUUCCUUUCCUUGUGUGUGUCUGAGUGUUACGCACGCACACACGCACGCACGUGGGUGAAGAGCGCGGCUGCUGGAACAGCCUUGGCUGGGAGGGUGCCUGCCUCGGCUGCCCUCGUCUUGCCCCUCAGAUCUGAUGUGCAGCCAAUCCCCCUGGCUCAGCUCCUCUCAUAAAAAGGAGGCUUAUGUCUGUGGUGAGGAGGGGGUGUUGGCCAGGGGGAGGAGGGUGAUAGCAGAUUACUGUUACUCCUCCCGGCAUUUUAUUAGCUUCUAGAUAAGCAUCGCACCACCAUAUUGAGCCUGCUACGGAACAGAUUUGCCCUCGCACACAAUGUUCCCUUUGAGCACCUCAGAUGAUCAAACAGCGGGACCCCAAAUGCUGCUCCUCUCCAAAAAGUUGGUAAAAGCUCCCUGGGAUGAUGCCUUUCAUUUCUGGCAUUUUCCCCUACCCUGGGACGAGACAGGUCUGCUUUGAUCUGCUUUGGAUCAGGAGGAAAGAAAUUGGGCUGUUGUGUCUGCUCCGUUGGCGAGCAAACAAACAGUGUUUCAGAUUUGACUUGGCUUAAUUAAUUAGUGAUUCUGUUUUACAGCCGGUCUGAUCCUCUUCCAAAAGGUUUGAGAAUGGGACUUCAAAGUGUGGUGGAUGGAGAGAACUGCUGGGGAGAGUGGAGAGAAGGGGGUGUGGUCUGUCUGUCUGUCUGUGGGUGUGUGUGCAGCAUGCAGAGCAGUGAUUGGAUGAGGGAGGCAGGGAGGACGGUGAUUGUGCAAAGUGAAAUGCUGCGGGCAGGUAAACCCACUGACAGGCUUUUGGGAAAAUACACUUUAACAUGUAGAAGAAACGAAGAAGGAGAAGAGUGCUGCAAAGGAACCAACAUGGUCACUGUCCAAAUCUCUGUAACCUGUUGUUGUGUGUGUAUGUGCGGUCAGUCUCACGUGUUAAACAGAUACUGUAAACAAAUAACUGUCAGCAUUACAUCAGAGACAGUGAAACUGAAACACUGAUCCAGAGUGCCACAGCUAUUUUUGUCCAACAGGAUGGACCACCUUUCACUGAAGUGCAAUCCAAAGAUACACGAGCGCAAACUCUGACACAGACAUAACAACAGAAGAAGUUAACUGAUCAGUGAACACCUGCUUUAAGCUUUUAAAAAAGUUAUAAAAGUCCCACUAUGAUCAUUUUUUUCAAGUUUUUAGCUAAAAUCGUGUUACCUGUGUCGAUUUUAAGGGCUUUACUUUGGCAGAGCUCGAGUAGGUCAUUAGCAAUUCGCCUCUGAGUCGUGGGCGGAGACAGUGCUGGUCUUGCACACUCCUCUAAAUGCUAGUGUGCAGCCUAACAUUCCCGGUGUAGUAGAAGAAACAGGCAACAUAGGAGCUGUUCAACUCUCGGGAAACUAAUCAAGUUAAUAUCAUAAUUAGCUUUCUAAUGAGCAUUGCACUUUGCUAACUCGCGCGCUUCGUCCGCGAUUGUCCUCUCUACUCAUCCGAGUGUGGCCUGCAUAGCAGGGCUCCGGGGGCGGAGCUCGGAUUGGUUACGUAUGACAUCUCACUCUGAUCCUGCUGUUAGAGUCUGCUAGAGAUUCACAAUUAUUUGAAUGCAGAAAUACUCAGAAAUGCAAUUUAGCACUUAGUUUUCUCACAACAUAUCCUGUAGCAUCAGAAAAAUGCCAUAUGAUCAUGUAGACAACAAGAAAAACGGGAUUUUCAUCGGAGUGAGUCUUCAAUAGUUUUAGCCUUAUUUAUUUAUCUUUUAAUUAACACUGAGGAUUGUUGAAACAUACCUAAUGUUAUACGGUGUUCAUUUUACUAGACUGUCACCGUGGUUUGAUUUAUGACAACAAAUAGUUAAUUCCUUUGAUUUUGUUGAAGGCGUCUGGUCUUUUCCCCUCACCUCAGCAGGAAACCCUCAGUUUCAGUCCUGUUGAGGGAAUCAGUGUUGUCAUUCAUACUAGGAAAAAACUACUGCUGACUUCCAGGAUAUAGAAAAUGAAGUCAGGCUCCACACAGAUCAUCACUUUAAGUGGAUAUGACAGAUGAGUAGUCCUCCCUCUGGACUGUCUGCUGUUACUGGAUGUCUGGAUGGUAAUGUACGGUGAAUGUCAUUCCAUAAAGUGAUGAGCUCUGCUGCACUGCGCUGGGGACUCUGGGGUCUCCUAUAGGCCUUUUGAUGUUCACACGCUGUUUCCAAUCCACCAUUUUUAUCCCGAUGCCACCUAAUAUUCAGUCGUGUUGAAGAUGUGUUAAUGUCAUUCAGUUUCAUGUUUGACAUCCCAGCUCAGUGUGAACCCUGUGGGGUAUAUAAUGCAGUUAAGAGCUUAUAAUCUAUCACUGUAUUUUGAUGAACGCGAGCUGUCGCAGCUGCAAUGUCUUUUUUUUUUUCUUUCUUUUGCACUGAAAUCUACUUCCUCUAUUAUCUCCACAUCAUUAUUUAAAUUCAACAAUAUUCCUGCUCACAGAAAAUGUGUAAUAAUUAACUCAUCACAUUAAAAUUAAAUGUUAGUAUUAGUAUAAGAUGCAACAUGAAAGCACAAGCUGCUAUGAGGAGGCUUGUGGGUUUAUUUCAACCAUUCACCAUUGUAUGUGUAAAACAUCUUAAUUGUUGAUGCCAAACCUGGAAGUCAGGCUUACUUGGUACACUUGAAGGCAGCGACAUGUCCUCAGGUUGAAACGGCACAUGUUUCCGUCCUCAGGCUUUUACUUUUAUCUCUUACUGUGUGCGUGUGUGUGUGUGUGUUUCAUUUUAGUGGCUUUACCCCCAGAGAAGACAGACAGCUGCUGUGUGGAGGAGAAGAUGCAGGAGAGGGACAGCCAAUCUCCCACAGGGCCACAGAAGCAGCUCCAGUUUGAAGUGAGUGUCGACACCAAUAGGAUGUGUAUGACUUCCUCUCUGGAUUAAAUAGGGCAUUGGCAGGGCACAAACACACACAUGCACAUAAAUGCUCACAUAUACACUGAAUGAUUUUCAGGAAUUGGAGUGUGCCGUGUCUGUUGAGGAGGAUAACAGGCAGGAGUGGACCUUCACCCUCUACGACUUUGACAACAAUGGAAAAGUCACCAGAGAGGUAACGAUCAUAACUCAAAGUGAUGUUUGUUUUGAGAUGAGUAAAAUUGAUGAAAGGUUAAAAAAAAUAAUACUUCAGCAUCACACAGUAAAUGAUAAAGUUGAAUUUAUUUAUUGAAUUUCCCUUCAGGGAUAAAAUAAAGUUAUUCUUAUUCUUAAAGUCUGCAAAUUAUUUUUUUAUUGAUUAAUUUUUUUUACUUUAUUUUUCAGUAUAGCAUGGUUCAAGACAAUAAUUUCUUUACAACCAUUUUCAAAAAAAAAGAAGAGAAAAAGAAAAGAAAAAGGGAGCACAGGAACACGGGGGGCAGAUCUUACUCCUUAUCUUGCCAUUGGUUAACAAAGAUGUCCACAUAGUCUGUUUAUUAAGCAUCAAGCUCCUUAAACGCUGUCCAUUUCCUCCAUUUUUGAUGAAAGGUAGACAUGUCCAGCCCCAAGUUGUAAGUUAGACUUUCCAUGGUAUAAAUUUCGCCCAUAAUGUCCAUCCACUGUCUGCAAAUGAUUUAGCUUGUCGUCUUUGUGGCUGUUGCUUUUGUCAGACUCAUGAUAGUAUUUUUUGUCAUAAAAUUGGGGUUUUAAAUCACUUUGAGGAGUUUUUAAUUGGUUAUAAAACAGCUAAAAUCAACACAAACUACUUAAAUCUAAAUUAAAUUAAAACUUUUGGAUUAAAAUAUUUUAAGUGCCUCUAAAAUCUUUGGUGGACAUCUCACAAUUACAAAAUGUAGCACCUUUCUCUAUGUUAUCGGAAUUUAUCUGCCUCAUACUUGAAAACUUGAAGCUAUUCUGGUGAGACCACACCUCCCGACUAUGUGAAGAUAGAGUUUACAAACCUCCACCUCAGUCUCACUCUAAAAACUAAACUUAGUGACAUCUUUGUGUUUCCGCUCCUGCAAGGUACCUUGUGGCUUGCUCAUGCCUGGUAGAGAUCUGAGAGAACAUCCAGAAAGGCUUGUGUUUUUUUGAAAACAACUAGAAACAGCGCAAAGAGACUGAAGCUGUCCUCUGUGUGGUUAGCUGUGCAGUUUUUUGGCAUUGCCUGUGGCUCUGUGGCUCAUGAGACGGCGGGCGGCGGCUUGAAGGGGGGGAUACAGAAGCUUUCUUCUCCAACUUUUUUUUAUUUUUAUCUCUUCAGACAAAUAAGAAAAUUAAAGGAAGCCAGAAAAUGUCAAAACAGCUCUCAGUUUGUUUCAUUUUAUGUCGAGUUUUUGCAGUGCGACAAUGUCUGAAACAGUCCCAAAAGAAUCACGAUAGGUCUUUUUGUGAUAUUCGGAGUGAAAAAAUCAUGCUGCAGGAUUUGUGGUGAAUGUCUAAGUUUCUUCAGUUUUCUUUAAGGAGCUCUAGGAUGAAGUCAUGUCAUUGUCCAAAGUAACAUCAUUUUUUUAAAUAAGAAUCUGAGACAUUGCUUCAGUAAGGUCCUUUCACCUCCAUCCCAGGUGAUUUUUUUUCUUUCAAAAGCUGUAGCUCAGUUUGUUAUAAAAAGAUGUAACACACUUUAUAGAAGAGGGAGUCAUUAGCUCAGUACGGUUCAUACAGACUCCAAACAGUGCAAAAACUGCAGCCUUUAAAAAGCUACAUGUAAAUGAAGGCAGUCCAGAGAGAUCUGUAUCAAGUGAUUUCUCAAAGUACUGCUUUAUCCAUUGAUCCACGAUGAAACACACACGCACAAAGUUCGCUGGAAAUAAGAAUUUCACCUUGACUUUAUGAUUAGUGUCCGCAGCACGAUUGGACGAUUGGAUUAACUGAAUAGCACAACAUUGAUACUUGUUAAAUAUUUCUGUUUAUUUCAAACUCUAAUAAGAAAUUGUUUGCAUCCGUCACCUUUCAUUUCCGACAUCUCAGUCAGACUCCUCUGCUGCUGCUAAGAGAUUUGACUGGAGUUUAUGACCUGUCUAUAACCCUGCCUGAUCGCUUCACUUGGAGAGCUGAACUACAACAACAGGCAUCUGUGUCUCAUCACUUUUUUCUUUUGUCUGAGGGAAAUCUUAAAACACCUUUCCAUCGUGAGGUUUAACACCGAGAACAAAGCUCCUGAACAAACACUUCAAGCAGUAGAUUGAUGAGAAACUUUGACUUUUUUUUAGCACCAAUAGUCACUCCACCUAUGUCUCCUGAUACUUUUUAGGAUGAUUUUUAUAAUUGGUGACCAAUUAAAUCUCUUAUAUGAGCCGAGUGGGAAAAUACAGAGGCUAAACUCAACGUCUGACUUCCACGUCUUGCAGGAUAUCACCAGCCUUCUACACACCAUCUAUGAAGUCGUGGACGCCUCAGUCAACCAUUCUCCCAGCAGCAGCAAGACGCUGCGGGUCAAGCUUUCAGUGGCUCCUGACUCCAGCCAGCGGUGGAGGAGUUGCACACAGGGUGCAGCAGGUAAGACUCACAUUAGCACGACGGGUGGGGGCGGAGAAAAAAGGAGGGCAUUUCGGGGUCCCUCUUGUGUUGCAUGCUGUCAGCUCACCCAGAGAUGUGUUUGUUGUCAUGCAGAAAGGCGGCUGCUUCAGGCCUGUCAGAGCUUUGUUCCUCGCAGCCUCGGCGUCGCCCCAUCUCUCUCACUCAAUGGGGUUCAUUUUUAAUGAUGGGGGGGAGUGACAGAGCUAAGAGAGGGCCCCUUCCCUCAGCGUCUUCAAAUACUCUGAAAGAAACCUUAAGAGAUGUUCUGGGUCCUUUUGAUAACCACAGCCAUUUUUCUUUUUCUCCAAAGUUCCCUUUUUUCCUGCCUCUCUUCCUCCCCCCUUCUUAGAGCUGCCGGGAAAAUAUAGCUACGUUCAACUUAACUUUUCUUACGACUUGGUAAACAAGUAGUCAGGGAAAAAAAAAUAUCUCAAAAAAGUAUACAUUCCUCUCUGUUUGGGUCCUAUUGUUUCAGCUAUAAAUAUCUGUCAAGAGAUUCAAACAGAGCCGGCUUUGAAAGUAUCGUUGGUUGCCUUCAUGCUAAUUUGAAAGUGCAUCAGAUCUCCCGUCCUUAAUAAUCUAUUUCUGCGUGUUUUUUUGUUUCCUUCUGUGCCUUAUAAGAGGCUGCGGGUUGAAAAUAGAAUAAAUGAAGCAUUGUUGUUUUUCUUUUCUAUAGAUCUUCAAAGUGAAACUCCAAAACAAAGGUUGCUUUCUUCUCAAGCUUGUGUGACUGUUGCCAUGUCUGUGUGUGUGUGUGUUUGUGUGUUUGUGUGUUGCUGCUCUGCAGAACUCUCUUUGAUAAUAGCCUCGUGUCUCUCUCUCUCUCACACACGCAGACAUGUCCCACCCCAGAGAGAAAAACGACAAGUGCAUAGACGACCCCAAGAGUGCAGACAAGAAAAGUCGAGCUCUCCUAAGGUAAACCCGCUUCCCCUGCACGGCUCAGUUUUCUGUUGUUGAAUCUUGUAGUGUCAAUAAAAGAGUAUGUCAUAGUGUAUCAGUGAAUUUGACAUUUAUAUUUUGAUAGAGCGCUCUCAUAUUUACAGCAUUUAGGAGCUGAGGUUGUUUGAGAAAAGAUUCACACUUGGGACUGGCAGUGGUGCUUUCCUCUUUAAUUACUCCACUGUAUGUGUUAACAGCAGAGAGGCGAGUCUGCCCUUUUACAGCACUAUUUAAAUCCUCCCUGUUAGGGUUCGAACCUGUGAUUUUCCACUUGUAAUCUCACUCUUUUAACAAUUGCUCUGCUGCAGCUGGGUCAUAAAGAACACUUGUUUGACUUUUUCCAAACACUACCAUACUAAACCUCUCAGGCCAAAACUGCUACCUAAUGAGAGGUGCCGCUCUUGUCCACAGGCGCCACCACAGUGACCACCACACCCAGCCGGGCUGCCAGCGCCACUGUGUGGAUGAGAACCUGGAACGCAGGAACCACUACUUGGACCUGGCAGGCAUUGAAAACUACACAUCCCGUUUCGGAGCCGGUGAGUGGACCGGAGCCAGGGGCGUAGAGGGGGAGAGGGGAGGGAAAAUCACAGGCCGUGGCCCUUUGAAGCUGUAUCCAGGGGCCCUCAUUACUGCGGCACCUGCUUGGAGCCAUUAGGUGGAACUAGCAGCCCACUGCGUUCCUCGCCAGUACAAACAUCUGGGCUUGGACAAGCACAAUACAUCAAGUGUUCAAGGCUAAAGCCCAUCAGCAGAGCAGACUGUUGUGAAGUGAAAUAUUAGGUUUAAUAAGCAGCAGCCUUGAUCUGAUGGGCAGUGAUGACAUGUGAUUAUGUUAAUGUUGGUCCUGUUAGGAAAGUGCUAACAGAGAUCUGCCCUGUGCCACUUUGUGUCAGCGCUAUCUGCAUGAAGAGGAAGGCUGAAGAAGACAUGUCAGGAUCUCAUCACGGAGAGUUUUAGUAGAUAUCUAUUUGUGGUUCUUUUUCUCCCUUUUUAAAUGUUAUUUUGUGUCCAUGUAAUUCAUUUUUACCUGUUUAAAACAGAGUAAGCAUUGUCCUCUGCAACCUUAAGUUUUAUGCUUUUUCAUUACAUUUAAUGAUGGUCCUUCCAGACUAAGAAAAUAAAACUAAUACUUGUGUCUGUUUUCCUCACAGCCACUGCCACAGAGCCCUCAAAGGCAGAGCCUCAGACCCGUUCAUCCAACCAGACUCGCUCUCGCUCACAUGAGCCUGAAAACGGUCACUCACAUGCCCAUCACCGCCGCCUGCACUCUGUUAUGGACACUGUUUCCCCAGACAGCCUCCACCACUCCCGUACACGAGGCCAAGACUCAGGGAAACACGCCCUCCGGUCCCCCAAGACGCACAGCCGCACACCACCUGCGCAGAUCAGCGGAAGGGUGAUGAGGAGUCGAGGUGCGCCUCCUCCACCGGCAUUACCCAGCCAGACCCCCCCUCACCAGUCCACGGCUCCGUACCGCAAGCACAAGCAGCGGUCAAAGGACAACCAGGCUCACAGGGCCUUGCAAGGCCCUCUGGCUGCUCCAGGACCGGUGGUGGAGAGGGAGCAGGUACGGGACCUGCCCAGCGUGCUUCUGUAUGAGGGGGGACUGGCACAAGUGGUGCAGCGGCAUGAGCAUCACCACCACCAUGAACACCAUCACCACUACCACCACUUUUAUCAGUCCUGA